CUCUUCUUUCUCUCUACAGGUCACCCCAGUACAUGCCAUGCAAUGGAGUCCCUGAGACAAUCCAAUCAGUCCCAAGUGUCAGAAUUUAUUUUGCUGGGACUGAUCGGCUCCCAGGAUAUACAGUUUCUGCUCUUUGCACUCUUCUCAGUUAUUUAUGUAAUCACAAUUUUGGGAAACCUUCUCAUUGUAGUCACAAUUUCAUAUACCCCAAGCCUGAAUACCCCCAUGUACUUUCUUCUUGGCAACCUCUCCUUUGUGGAUAUGACACUUGCUUCUUUUGCCACACCAAAGAUGAUUGUGAACUUAGUAAAAAAGCAUAAGACCAUUUCUUUUGCUGGAUGUUUCACUCAGAUCUUUCUCCUUCACUUUCUGGGUGGGGUUGAAAUGAUACUGUUGGUCUCCAUGGCAUAUGACAGAUAUGUGGCCAUUUGUAAGCCCCUACAUUACAUGGCUAUCAUGAACAAGAAAAUGUGUGUUUUGCUGGUAGUGAUCUCAUGGUUCUUAGGUCUGCUUCAUGCAGGGCUUCAGAUUCCCUUUGUUGUGAAUUUGCCUUUCUGUGGCCCCAAUGUGGUAGAUAGCAUUUUCUGUGAUCUGCCUCUGGUUACUAAGCUUGCCUGCAUAGAUACCUAUAUUUUACAGAUAGUUAUUGUUGCCAACAGUGGGAUGAUCUCUAUCAGCUGUUUCCUUAUUUUGCUCAUAUCCUACAGUCUGAUCCUCAUUACCAUUAGGAGUCACUCUUCGGCUGGGCAGUCCAAAGCCCGUUCCACGUUGACUGCUCACAUCACAGUGGUGAUUCUCUUCUUUGGUCCAUGUAUCUUCAUCUAUAUCUGGCCUUUCAGCAACCACUCAGUAGAUAAGUUCCUUGCUGUAUUUUAUACCAUUGUCACUCCCAUCUUGAAUCCAAUUAUCUAUACUCUCAGAAACAAAGAAAUGAAGGCAUCAAUGAAGAGACUCUGGAGUUCUCUUUUGAGUUGUAGAGAAAGCUCCUAG